AUGGGCCCCUGUACCGCCUCCUCAUGCUGCUGCCAGGCCCGUAAUCUGCCAUGGGCCCCCGUACCGACUCCUCAUGCUGCUGCCAGGCCCGUAAUCUGUCAUGGGCCCCUGUACCGCCUCCUCAUGCUGCUGCCAGGUCCAGAGUGUGUCAUGGGUCCCUGUAUGGCUUCCCAUUGCUGCUGCCAGGCCCGUAAUCUGCCAUGGGCCCCCGUACCGACUCCUCAUGCUGCUGCCAGGCCCGUAAUCUGUCAUGGGCCCCUGUACCGCCUCCUCAUGCUGCUGCCAGGUCCAGAGUGUGUCAUGGGUCCCUGUACGGCCUCCCAUUGCUGCUGCCAGGCCCGUAAUCUGCCAUGGGCCCCCGUACCGACUCCUCAUGCUGCUGCC